CUUAUUUUGCUGACCUCGGAAGGAUGGAAGGCUGAGUCAACCUUGAGCCUGGUGAGGAUCGAACACCUGGCAGGGGCAGAGUUAGUCUAUAAUGCUGCACUCUAGCCACUAUGCCACCGCGGAUGAUUGGGAUGUGAUUGGCUGGUCUAAGGCCUUAUCUGGUCUUAUCUGCAUGAAUUUCAACACUCUCUUUGAUUUGAUGGGAGCCAGUUUAGGUUUAGUGGUUAAGGCACCAGGGUUGCAAGCUGGAGACCGAGUUCAAGUCCUGCCUUAGUUGUGAAAGCCAGCUGGGUGACUUUAGGCCAGUCACUCACUCACAGCCCAACCCAUCCCACAAGGUGGUGGUUGUGGGGAAAAUAGGAGAAGGCAGGUAUCUUGGAUAUGUUCAUCGCCUUAAGUUAUUUGUAAACAUAGUAAAGGCAGGAUACAUGUAAGUAAAUAAAAAAUAAAUUUUGGGGCAGAGAGGCAAUUUGAACUGGGGUGUUGGACCUGCAUCAAGAGGGAGCAGUUUUGCUCUGAUUACACCAACCCUGUUUCCACCAGUACAUUCAUGGGAAUUCUUAAGCUAAAAGAUUCAAUUGCAAUAUGUUAAAUAAUUCUUCUUAGUGCUGAGGUGAGCCAAGGGUGGAACAAGCUCUGGAUCUUUGAGACAGAGAAAAUUAGCAAUAGAUCAUGUACCUCUUACUGGCAUAGACUCUUAGAGAUGGUAUAUGCCUUGGAAGCCACUGAAUCUGUUCAAAAUAGGCACAGUCCCUAGGCCAUUGCUUUCACUGCUGAAUUCUUCUUAUCAUUAGAAAGGUUGUCCUAACACUCAGUUGGGGUAUGCUUUCCUCUGACUUCAGAUUACUGGUCCAUGCUGUGCCUUCUGGGGUGAUGGAAACAAGGCCCCUUCUUUUCAUACAUUUGGAAACUGCCGUCUAAAUAUCCCCAGUCUCUUCAGUCUCUCCUCACUGACCUUAAAAACAACCACAACAGUGGGGCUCUUGAGUUGCAAGGAGAGCUGAAUCAUGUUUCAAAGAGCCAUCUUGGAGUACAUUCAAGAUUACAGUACAAAAAGCAGGAUGUUGAACAUCACUUGUAUCUCAUGACUAGAGCAAUGUUAUUAUACAUAUUAAAUACUCAUCCUUAUAAUGCCUUCAGUAUGUAUGCCAAAUGUAUAGGACCAUUUAAUUGAUUAUAAUAGUUGCCCAGUGUGUAGAACCAGAGAGCUGAUCAGCCAGGCACAUGUUCCAAUGCAGCCAGCACACGGGAUAUAAAACUAGAGUGACCUGAUAAGAGUGGGACAUACUUUGAUACCUUAUCUGUCCUUUCACACCUAGACUGGCCAGUUUGAGCUGCGAGAUGAGGCCACAGCAGCCGCCUGUUGCCAGCAAAGUCUUCAUCCAAAGGGACUACAGCAGUGGCACCAAGUGCCAGUUCCAGACCAAAUUCCCCUCAGAGUUGGAAAAUCGGAUUGACAGGCAGCAGUUUGAAGAAACUGUAAGGACCUUGAAUAACCUUUAUGCUGAAGCGGAGAAACUUGGGAGCCAGUCCUACCUGGAAGGGUGCUUGGCUUGCUUGACUGCCUACACUAUAUUUCUGUGCAUGGAGACACAUUAUGAAAAGGUUCUAAAGAAAAUUGCCAAGUACAUUCAGGAGCAAAACGAGAAGAUCUACGCUCCACAAGGCCUCCUCUUGACUGACCCCAUUGAGCGGGGACUAAGAGUUGUCGAAAUUACCAUUUAUGAAGACAGAGGUGUGAGCAGUGGAAGAUAAACCUUUGAUGUCAAAGGGACCAGCGAACCGGUUUCUGCUCCUUUCCUUGCUUCUGUCCUAGCACCCUUUCCUCUGCUUUCCUGAACUCCACGGUGCCAUUUACACAAGGACAAAACUUUUCAGACUCCUGUUCUUUCGUGGGGAGGCCCAGCGCAGGUGGGCAGCAUCCGCCUUGCUUUGUUCUACCUGAAGCUCCAGCGUCUCUCAGGUGGCCAAUUCCUUUGGCCCAGAAGACCAACCGGGAAUGACCUCAAGGCAGUGGGAAAACACUCGGUCGACUCUGGGCUUCUAUCCGCUUCUGGAGAAGAAAGCAACCAUGUGUUGCGUUUCCGAAAAUGAGGCCUAUCCUUAUGAAGUACGACCUGCUGAUUUGUCAAGAAGGGACCCAAGCCCCCAUCUUUGCUGACUAACUCCGCUAAGAAAUCGCAGAGGGGUUUUCAUUUUUACUGCUGGCGUAUUUUGGGAUAUGGAGCCCCCUGCUCUCAGUGCACAUUUGAUGACAAGAAGCCGUCAGCCGUGGGUUAAGAAAAAGGUGGCAGCCCCAAAAUAUGUCGUGUUAGCAAAAGUGUCACUUCUCGGCCCUCCUCCGCCUUUCAAUGUUGAAUAUGUAAAUGUAGGUAAUGAAUAUGCUUUUGGGGUUUUAUAGAUGUUUUAGUUUAGGGCAAACAGGUUUAGAACAACCUAGAAACGGUGUUCAGUGCGUCAGCUAUUUCUCCUUUCCCAGAUGUCGUCUCUGCAGUACUUCUACUUGUGCUCGACAUUCCAGCGUGAUGCUUACAAAAAUACCUGGAACAUUUUACCCCUGUAUCAAAAAUAAUAAUAAUCAAAGAUUCUUUGUUCCGUUCCCUCUUCUCUGUCAAAUGUGGGUUACUCUCUGUAUCUCGUUGACUCUAAAACGGCAAAGUAAUUCUGCUGCGUGGAAGAUUGCUCUUCUCUCAUGACCCAGGUAUUCGGGAGUUUGCCAAACAAGACCAGUUUUGAAACUGGUGGCGUAGUUUGUUCGUUCGUUCGUUUUUUUCUGUGAGCAAUAGAAGAGACACCAAUAGUGGAUCAAGGUUUUCAGGUGUAUAAUUCUCCAGUCCCCUUUCUUCAUUGUUUUCUUUAUCCUGUUUAAAAGUUUAAUAUUUGAAAUAUAUAUAUAUAGAAACUCGUGAGCUGUUUUUCUAAUCUGUAACAGUAUUUUGCCUUUUGCACCCGUUACACUUGACUUUGGGAAAUAAUGGCUUAGUAACCUUUUUUUCUUAAAUAAAUGGUCAUUUGCUAGCA